AUGGCAGCCGGUGUUGCAGCAUGGCUACCCUUCGCCAGGGCAGCCGCCAUUGGGUGGAUGCCUGUUGCCUCAGGGCCUAUGCCAGCUCCCCCAAGGCAGGAGAGAAAAAGGACUCAGGAUGCUCUGAUUGUGCUGAAUGUGAGUGGCACCCGUUUCCAGACAUGGCAAGACACCCUGGAACGAUACCCAGACACCCUGCUGGGCAGUUCCGAGAGAGACUUUUUCUACCACCCAGAGACCCAACAAUAUUUCUUUGACCGUGACCCAGACAUCUUCCGCCACAUCCUCAAUUUCUACCGCACGGGGAAGCUUCACUAUCCCCGCCAUGAGUGCAUCUCGGCUUAUGAUGAAGAAUUGGCCUUCUUUGGCCUCAUCCCAGAAAUUAUCGGCGACUGCUGUUAUGAGGAGUACAAGGACCGCAGGCGGGAGAAUGCUGAGCGCCUCCAGGAUGAUGCAGACACUGACAAUACAGGAGAGAGUGCGCUGCCCACCAUGACUGCUAGGCAGAGGGUCUGGCGGGCCUUUGAGAAUCCUCACACCAGUACCAUGGCCCUGGUGUUCUACUAUGUGACUGGGUUCUUCAUUGCCGUCUCAGUCAUCGCGAAUGUGGUGGAAACAGUUCCAUGUGGGUCUAGCCCAGGCCACAUCAAAGAACUGCCUUGUGGGGAGAGGUACGCAGUGGCCUUCUUCUGCUUGGAUACCGCCUGUGUCAUGAUCUUCACGGUUGAGUACUUACUUCGCCUGGCCGCAGCACCGAGUCGUUACCGUUUUGUGCGCAGUGUCAUGAGUAUCAUCGACGUGGUGGCCAUCCUACCCUAUUACAUUGGGCUGGUGAUGACAGACAAUGAGGAUGUCAGCGGAGCCUUCGUCACACUCCGAGUCUUUCGAGUCUUCAGGAUCUUUAAGUUUUCCCGCCACUCUCAAGGCCUGCGUAUACUAGGGUACACCCUGAAGAGCUGUGCAUCAGAGCUGGGAUUCUUGCUCUUUUCCCUCACAAUGGCUAUCAUCAUUUUCGCCACGGUUAUGUUCUACGCGGAGAAGGGCUCUUCAGCAAGCAAGUUCACCAGCAUCCCUGCAGCCUUCUGGUACACCAUAGUCACCAUGACAACACUGGGGUAUGGCGACAUGGUACCAAAAACCAUAGCAGGGAAGAUUUUUGGGUCCAUCUGCUCUCUGAGCGGAGUCUUGGUCAUUGCGCUGCCCGUGCCUGUGAUCGUGUCAAACUUCAGUCGGAUCUACCACCAAAACCAACGAGCGGACAAACGGAGAGCACAGAAGAAAGCCAGGCUCGCCAGGAUCCGGGCAGCGAAAAGCGGAAGUGCGAAUGCCUACAUGCAGAGCAAGAGGAAUGGACUACUGAGCAACCAGCUGCAGGUACCGCCAGGCCCUCCGCUUCUUCGUAACCACGGCAAAUCUGGAUCCAGUUUCGAGACUCAGCACCACCACCUGCUUCACUGCCUCGAGAAAACCACGGUAAGGACACAGCAGGACGGGAUCAUGUAUCUGCCUUCCUCACAUUUUCUCACAACUCUCCCACAGAACCACGAGUUCGUGGAUGAACAAGUCUUUGAAGAAAGCUGCAUGGAAGUGGCCACUGUUAAUCGCCCUUCAAGUCACAGUCCCUCUCUCUCUUCACAACAAGGAGUCACCAGCACCUGCUGCUCACGGAGACACAAAAAGACUUUCCGCAUUCCUAACGCCAACGUGUCGGGAAGUCAUAGAGGCAGUGUGCAAGAACUCAGUACAAUUCAGAUCAGAUGUGUGGAGAGAACUCCACUGUCCAACAGCCGAUCCAGCUUAAAUGCCAAAAUGGAAGAGUGUGUUAAACUAAACUGUGAACAACCUUACGUGACCACAGCAAUAAUAAGCAUCCCAACACCUCCAGUAACCACCCCAGAAGGCGACGACAGGCCGGAGUCUCCUGAGUAUUCGGGAGGAAAUAUCGUCAGGGUGUCUGCUUUGUAAAACAAUUGGCGCAGGUCUGAGAGAAUUUGAACCCUGACUAUGGAAAGAAUCUAAAGGAGAAGAAAGAAGAAAUAAUCACCCCUUUUUGCAUAUUUAGACAGCAAAGCAAGAAG